CACGACAAGCAACAUUCGUGAGAAGAGCGGAGGAUCCCACCCACAGACUGUGUCGAAAGAGUAUCGGACUCUGCAACAGUCAUCAUGUCCCUCUUCGUUCUCGCUGAGACGCCUGCGGGCUACGGCCUGUUCAAGGCUGCCGACAAGAAGCUCCUGAAGCGCGAGGAGCUUACUUCCGGUCCUACCUCUUCCGAGCAGAUCAAUGACAUGCUCAAGCUCAAGUCUUUUGUCAAGUUCGACAGCUCCGCCAUUGCCGUCGAGGAAGCCAGCGGACUCCGCGAGGGUCGCGUUCCCCCGAUGCUUGCCAAUCUUCUCAACGAGAUCAAGGACGAGAAGAAGGCUUCGCUGGCCGUCGCCGAUGUCAAGCUGGGUGCUGCCAUUGGCAAGCUUCCCGACCUCGACAUCAAGGCGGUUUCCGACGCUGCCACAUUGGACCUUUUCCGUGCCGUUCGCGAGAACCUUUCUUCCCUGAUUCCCGGUCUCGCCGAUGAAACUGUCGACCGCAUGGCUCUGGGUCUUUCCCACUCCAUCUCUCGCCACAAGCUCAAGUUCUCCGCCGACAAGGUCGAUGCCAUGGUCGUCCAGGCCAUCAAGCUUCUCGAUGAUCUCGACAAGGAGCUCAACGUCUACGCCAUGCGAACCAAGGAGUGGUAUGGCUGGCACUUCCCUGAGCUGGCCAAGAUCCUCAACGAUAACCUUGCCUACGCCCGUCUUGUCGACCUCGUCGGCAUGCGCGAGAACCUCGCCGAUGCCGACCUUUCCGACAUCCUCCCUGAGGAGCUCGAGACCCCCGUCAAGACCGCUGCCGAGAUCAGCAUGGGUACCGAAAUCACGCCCGACGAUCUCGAGAACAUCCAGCUCCUUGCCCGCCAGGUCAUCUCGUACUCUGAGUAUCGUACUCAGCUGUCCUCGUACCUCGAGACUCGCAUGCGCGCUCUUGCCCCCAACCUGACGGCACUCGUCGGCACUCUCGUCGGUGCCCGCCUCAUCGCCCACGCUGGUUCCAUUCUCAGCCUUGCCAAGGCGCCUAGUUCCACUAUCCAGAUCUACGGUGCCGAGAAGGCUCUGUUCCGCGCGCUCAAGACCAAGCACGACACGCCCAAGUACGGUAUCAUCUACCAUUCUUCUCUCGUUGGUCAGGCUACUGGCAAGAACAAGGGCAAGAUCGCCCGUUCGCUCGCUGCCAAGACGGCCCUUGGCCUCCGUGUCGAUGCCCUGGCCGACUUUGAUGGCGAAGAUGCCGAUGAGGAGGAGAGGGGCAUGCUCGGUCUCACCAGCCGCAUCAAGCUCGAGAACCUACUCCGCAAGCUCGAGGGCAAGCCUCCUCUGCCCAAGGGCGCCAACAUUGCCCCCGAUGGCUCGCUCACUGCCCCUGCUCAGUUCACCCUGAACGAGGUCAGGAAGUACAACGCCGACGCUGAUGGUGUCGACGGUGCCGAGGUUAACGGCAAGGCCGACAAGAAGGCCAAGAAGGCCAAGAAGGCUCUGAUCCAGGAGGUCGAGAUGAAGGAUGCCGACAGCGAGGCCGAGGACUCGGACGACGACAUGGAGGAUGCCUCUGGCUCUCCCAGCAUUGGUUCCGUCUCGGACGACACGGAUGGCGAGAAGCCUUCCGACAAGGCCGAGCGUCAAGGCCCAGAAGGCCCGUCCGUCACGCCGCGGCUGCCGCGCGGUGAUGUCGAGCUCGGCCCCGACGGCCAGCCAGUCGUGUUCAGCAAGAAGGAGCUGAAGAAGCUCCGCAAGGCUGAGGAGAAGGCCGACGAGACCCCCUCCAAGUCUGAUGCCGAGGGCAAGAAGAAGAGGAAACACGAGGACGCCGAGGAGGCGACGCCGAAGAAGGAGAAGAAGCAGAAGAAGAAGCGCCAGUCGCUGGGUGCCUAA